AUGAGCACCUGGGCCCCGCUGCGCCUCCCUGCACCAUUGCUCAGGAUAUGCUCGGGGAACUGGGGACUCGGGCUUCUGGGGAAGCCAGCACUGCUGUUCCCAGGAAUGGCUGCCACUGCAGUGCAGGUGGCGGGCAGGAAGGAUUGCCCUGCUCUGCUUCCCCUGAAUGAGAGUGAACUUGAAGAACAGUUUGUGAAAGGACAUGGGCCAGGGGGCCAGGCCACCAACAAAACCAGCAACUGUGUAGUGCUCAAGCAUGUGCCCUCCGGCAUUGUGGUCAAGUGCCACCAAACACGAUCCGUGGAUCAAAACAGAAAGAUAGCUCGGAAAAUCCUCCAGGAGAAAGUGGAUGUUUUCUACAAUGGUGAAAACAGUCCUGUUCAUAAGGAAAAGCUCGAGGCUGAGAGGAGAAAGCGAGAGAGGAAGAAGAGAGCAAAGGAGACUCUAGGAAAGAAAAAGUUACUGAGAGAACUACGGGAAGCCAGCCAGCCAGAAAAGGACUGGAGCUGA